AUGUCAAAGGACUCGCGUUCUGAAGAGAGCUCCCGGAAUGUUUGGAACGCCACAGCGGAUGGCCACCUCCCCAGGCAGGCUUUCAACACCUUCGAGGAAGAUCCAGAGCAGACCGAGGCAACGGCACUUCCACCGUGCCCGGCCAUGAUGUACAGCCUGGUCAACUACCGCAACUUGAGCCCCGCAGUGGUCCUGCACCCGAGUCUGGAGGCUCCCUGCAACGACCGUGUACGAGUGCCCGGGCCUUCCCAUCGCCUACUCCUCCGUCGCCUUCUGCCGCCGUCCUUCACUCGAAGCGCGCACGUCCGUGGCUUCUUCGUUCGACAGCGGCGACUCCUCCUUCUCCAGCGGCGACGACGCUCUCCCCUCCGCACACUACCAGAACGUGGAGAUGGUGGGCACGACGGCCAUGGGCGCUACGGCCGACACCUUCCUGCGGUCGAACGAUCGCGACGAUGCGCCACCCGCCGCCGCCGCCGACGAUGGACGAGGCUAGCAGCCAAAGUCAGGGAUGGCGAUGGGGUCAGGGAUGAUGAUGGGACGGCAGCGACGGAGGCGGCGACGGACCGCGGCCGCUGCGUCGCGAUCGGCGGAGCCCACGGGACGCCCGAGUGGCUGGACGACCCCGCGCGCUUCACGUGCGCCGUCAGCGCGCCCUCCAAGCGGAGCAAGUUCGGCGGCAUCAAGAGCUACCUGGCCUACGAGCUCACGACGUCGUCGUCGUCGGCGGCGGCGGCGGCGGCGGCCGACUCGCCGGCCCCCUCGCCCGUGUGGCGCCGCUACAAGCAGUUCGCGUGGCUGCGGGCGCGCCUCGAGGAGAAGUUCCCCGCCGUGGUGGUGCCGCGGCUGCCCGGGACGCUGCCCGCCGCGGCGCGCUACGCGCCCGAGUGCGUGCGGCGACGCGUGGGCGAGCUCUCGCUGUGGCUGGAGCACGUCACGGGCCACCCCGCGCUCGCCGGGUGCGACGUCUUGCGGCACUUCUUGACGUGCGGCGACAACGUGGAGGAGUGGAAGGGCGGCAAGCGGCGCGCCGAGCGAGACCGCGACGUGGGCCACAGCUUCUACCUCGGCGUUGACGUCCGAUGCGCCGCCGACCUGCAGCACGCGGAGGAGCUGGCCAAGUCCAUGAAGCUGUUUCCACGUGAACGCGGAGAGCAGCAUGGCUGAGCUGCGCCAACGCCACGUGGCAGGCGGUGUCGCAGUGGCGCGACGGUGGCCGCCGCUCCUACGAGCGCCUGGCGCUGGCGCUGAACCAGCUGGGCGCCACCUUCUCAGCGCUGGCCACGCUGCCCGGGUCCGCCCGCCGCCGCCGCCGGAGGUGGCGGUGGAGGGGUGGCGGGCUCGGCCUGCUGGGCACCGCGCUGGUCCAGGCAGGGAACGCCAUCCGAGCGGCGGGGCUAGCGGCGACCGCGCACGCCAGAGCCGACACGGAGCCGCUGAACGAGGCCGUGACCUUCUACGGCGGCCUCACCUGCGGCCUUCCCCGAGCUCCUCAAGCUGCAA